AUGGCAAUGGGACCAGACCCUCCCCUCUUUCCCAUAGCUUUUGCGCUUCCUGUAGACUAUUUUACUGCUGAAGAUGUGAUUUACUGUGAAUCUCAAGGGUUGUUUUAUGCUGUUAAUGGUGUUGGGGAUGUUGGGAGUUUUCGAGUUAGUAUUGGUGGGGUUUGUGAUGUAACCAUUUGGCAAGCUGUGAAUUUGAUACCAUGUGAUCUGCGGUAUUUGGUAUGGUAUAAUGGUGAACUAUUGCUGUUGACUCGACGUUUGGAAACAGAAGUUGAUAUCAGGACGUACUGUGAGUUGUACAGGACCGUUGGGUUCGAGGUGUACAGGUUUUGUGAGUAUGAACCUGGACGUGUUUGUUGGGAGCCGGUGAUAAGCUUGGGUGAUGGAGUGGUGUUUGUAGGUGAGAGUGCGUCGUUGGCGUUGUCAUCCUCAGAUUUUCCUGGUUGUAAGAAGAAUUGUGUUUACUUUACAGAUGAUCAUUGUAACAGUAAUGAUGUUGGGGUCUUUGAUUUGGAGGAGAAAUGCAUUCAUGCAUUGCCUUGUUUUCCAGAUGAUGCCAGUUUGCCUUUGUAUUGGGGGUCACCCAUAUGGAUUACUCCUAAUCCGCACUAA